GGAAAGAGGAGUCAUUCUGCUUUUCAAAAAGAGAAACCGUAUUGGGGAGGAAUCCUAUCUACAUAUUUCUUCUUCAACCUCAUCCUGGGGUCGUGGUUGGAACUUUCCAUCAAUUCUUUCCUUUCUUUCUUUCUUUCUUUUUCUUUUUCUUUUUUUUUUUUUUCUCUCUCUAAGCCUUUUGCCUAGCUCUGCCUGUCACAACAAAGUCAGCCACAGGCCUCCAGAGAGUAGCCUCUGUGAAAUUUGUCAUCAGGGUGUCAGGUAUUUCUUCCUGGCUUCCAAAGAAAACUCAGAUAAAGAAAUCUUUCCUGGAUCCUUCUGAGGCUGCACUCAGAAGCUCUCUUGAGGUGAAGAAGAAGCUGGAGAGCAGUAGCAAGAAAAACUGGCCAAAGAGUAAAAGAUGCCCCGGGGGCAGAAGGCUGACCGGGGUGGAGUUGGGGGUCAGACAGACUCACUUUGCCUGGGCUGUGCUGGAGCAAAGUCAAGUUCUUGGCGAUUGAGAGUUUAAGUCCAUCGUGAUUAUGCUGCUCUUACUUAUCCUUCUAUUGCCAGUAGUUUUAAAAUUUAGUUUUGUUAGCAUCUCAGCACAACAGUCCUGGAGCUGUUCCGAAGGCCCACCCCUGGGAAAUGGGAAUUCCACUUGUGUCGGUCCUGCACCCUACUUAAUUUUCUCCCAUGGAAACAGUAUCUUUAGAAUUGACCCAGAAGGCACAAACCAUGAGCGACUGGUGGUAGAUGCUGGUAUUUCGGUGAUCAUGGAUUUUCAUUACAAGAAGGAAAGAAUCUAUUGGGUGGAUUUAGAAAGACAACUUUUGCAAAGAGUUUUCCUGAAUGGGUCAAGACAAGAGAAAGUGUGCAAUAUAGAGAAAAAUGUUUCUGGAAUGGCAAUAAAUUGGAUAAAUGAAGAAAUUAUUUGGUCAAAUCGACAGGAAGGAAUCAUUACAGUAACAGAUUUGAAAGGAAACAAUUCCCAUGUUCUUUUAAGCACCUUAAAAUAUCCUGCAAAUAUAGCAGUUGAUCCAGUAGAAAGGUUUAUAUUUUGGUCUUCAGAACUGGCCAGCAGUCUUCACAGAGCAGAUCUCAGUGGGGUGAAAGUGAAGACUCUAUUAGAGAUACCAGAAAGAAUAACAGCUAUGUCACUGGAUGUGCUCGAUAAACGCCUCUUUUGGAUUCAGGACAAUAGAGAAGGAAGCAAUUCUCAUAUUUAUUCCUGUGAUUAUGAUGGAAGGUCUGUCCAUCUGAUCAAACCUCCAACACGGCACAAUUUGUUUGCAAUAUCUCUUUUUGCUGACCGUAUCUUCUAUUCAACAUUGAAAAAAAAGACAAUUUGGAUAGCCAACAAACACACCGGGAAGGAUAUGGUUAGAAUUCACUUCAAUCCAUCAUCAAAACCAGCUGGUGAACUUAAAGUAGUACAUCCAAUUGUACAGCCCAAGGCAGAGGAUGGUGACCGGAACUCUGAAAAGAAACUUUGCAAACUAAUAAAAGCUAACUGCAGCGGCAGAGCGUGCGGGGAGGACUCCAAGUCGCGCUUGUGCGCAUGUGCGGAGGGCUACGCGCUCAGCCGAGACCGGAAAUCCUGUGAAGAUGUCAAUGAAUGUGCCUUUUGGAAUCAUGGCUGUACUCUUGGGUGUAAGAACAUUCCUGGAUCCUAUUAUUGCACGUGCCCUGCAGGAUUUGUUCUGCUUUCUGAUGGAAAACGAUGCCAUCCAUUCAUUUCCUGUCCAAGCAACGCAUCUAAAUGCAGCCAUGGAUGUGUUCUGACAUCAGAUGGGCCCCUGUGUUUCUGUCCUGAAGGCUCAGUGCUUGGGACAGAUGGAAAAACAUGUAGUGGCUGUUCAUCACCUGAUAACGGUGGCUGUAGCCAGCUCUGUCUUCCUCUCAGCCCAGUAUCUUGGGAAUGUAGUUGCUUUCCUGGGUAURACCUACAACCAGACCAAAAAAGCUGUGCAGCUUCAGGACCACAACCAUUUUUGAUGUUUGCCAAUUCUCAAGAUAUUCGUCAUAUGCACUUUGAUGGAACAGAUUAUGGAACCCUGCUCAGCAAGCAGAUGGGAACAGUUUUUGCACUAGAUCAUGACCCUGUGGAAAAUAAGAUAUAUUAUGCCCACACAGCUCUGAAAUGGAUAGAGAGAGCUAAUAUGGAUGGUUCCCAGAGAGAAAGGCUUAUUGAGGAAGGAAUAGAUGUACCAGAAGGUCUUGCYGUGGACUGGAUUGGCCGCAGAUUCUACUGGACAGACAGAGGGAAAUCUCUCAUUGAAGGGAGUGACUUAAAUGGAAAACAUCGUCAAAUAAUCAUUAAGGAGAACUUAUCUCAGCCCCGAGGAAUUGCUGUUCAUCCAGUGGCCAAGAGAUUAUUCUGGACUGAUAUGGGGAUUAAUCCACGAAUUGAAAGUUCUUCCCUUCAAGGCUCUGGCCGGCUGGUGAUAGCCAGUUCAGAUCUGGUAGAGCCCAGUGGAAUAACCAUUGACUACGUAAUGGACACAUUGUAUUGGUGUGAUGCCAAGCAGUCUGUGAUUGAAAUGUCCAGUCUGGAUGGUUCCAAACGCCAAAGACUUGCCCAGAACGAUGUAGGUCAUCCAUUUGCUGUAGCUGUGUUUGAGGAUCACGUGUGGUUCUCAGAUUGGGCUAUGCAAUCGAUAAUAAGGGUGAACAAGAGGACUGGCAAAAACAGGGUACGUCUCCGAGGCAGCAUGCUGAAGCCCUCCUCACUGGUUGUGGUUCAUCCAUUGGCAAAACCAGGUGCAGAUCCCUGCUUACAUCAGAAUGGGGGCUGUGAACAUAUUUGUCAAGAGAGGUUUGGAACUGCUCAGUGCUCAUGUCAUGAAGGUUUUAGGAAAGCCCCAGAUGGGAAAACAUGUCUGGCUCUGAAGGGUCAUCAGAUAUUGGCAGGUGGUGAAGCUGAUCUAGGUAAUCAGGUAAUACCAUUGGAUGCCUUCUCUAGGACUAGAGCAUCGGAAGAUAACAUUACAGAAUCUCAGCAUACACUAGUGGCUGAAAUAAUGGUGUCAGAUGAAGACGACUGUUCCCCCAUGGGAUGUGGCAGCCAUGCCCAGUGUGUUUCAGAGGGAGAGAAUGCCACCUGUCAGUGUUUGAAAGGAUUUACCUGGGAUGGAAACCUAUGUUCUGAUGUAGAUGAAUGUGAGGUGGGUAGCACAGUUUGUCCUCCUGUCUCCUCCAAGUGCAUCAAUACAGAAGGCAGUUAUGUCUGUGGAUGCUCCCAAGGUUACCAAGGAGAUGGAAUUCACUGUCUUGAUAUUGAUGAGUGCCACCUGGGGAUUCAUAGCUGUGGAGAGAAUGCCAACUGUACAAAUACAGAGGGAGGCUAUACCUGCAUGUGUGCUGGCCGCCUGUCUGAACCUGGACUGUCUUGCCCUGACUAUACACCACCCCCUACCCUCUGGGAAGAUGGCCACCAUCUGGUCAGAAAUAGUUACCCAGGAUGUCCUGAGUCACAUGAUGGGUACUGCCUCCAUGGUGGAGUAUGUAUGUAUGUUGAAGCAGUAGACAGCUAUGCGUGCAACUGUGUUAUUGGCUACGUCGGGGAGCGAUGUCAGCACCGAGACCUGAGAUGGUGGGAACUGCGCCAUGCUGGCCAUGGGCAGCAGCGGGACAUCACCGUGGUGGCUGUCUGUGUGGUUGUGCUGGUUCUGCUGCUGCUCCUGGGGCUGUGGGGUGCUCACUACUACAGGACUCAGAAGCUGCUAUUGAAAAAUGCAAAGAAUCCCUAUGAAGAGUCAAGCAGAGACGUGAGCCAGGGCAAGCCUGCUGAAGGAGAGGCUGGAAUGUCUUCUUGCCCCCAACCUUGGUUUGUGGUCAUAAAGGAACAUCAAGACAUCAGGAAUGGGAGUCAGUAUUCCGCUGGCAAGGAUGGCCAGGCAGCAGAUGUUGUCCAGUUGUCCUCCCUGGAGCUUGGGUCAGUGCAGCCAUGGAAUCAGGAACCCUAUAUACAUGGAAUAGGCACAGAGCAAGGCUGCUGGAUCCCACCAUCCAGUGAUAAAAAGUCUGGUCUCCAGGUAAUGGAGUGAAACUAUCCUGUACCUUCCAAUGAAGUUGAGAUGCCCCACCUUUCUCCAGUCAUUAUAGCCACAAAGAUCCACCAUGCCAAAUGAAACUGACUCAGUGACAACUGGAGUUAAAAGGGAGGUCAAGAACAAACUGUGUUGAUGGACAGUAUAUUUUUCUUUCAAAAAGUGGAAUACUAAAGAUUUUGGUUCCAUAAUCUCAGUGUUACUCACCUAAUCAGGGUUCUAGAGGCAGAUGUGUAAUUGUGCUUUUGUGUUUUCCUCCAAGCAAUCCCAUUUCUGAUUUUCAAAGAAGUGUGACCAGGAGAAUUGGGACAAUUGUGCUUAAUGAACUGUGAUGUAUUUAAUAGCCAAUACAGAUAGAUUUUUUUCUCCCCUGCACCCUCAGAAUAAAUCUGAGGAUAAAGCAGGUUUGGUCAGUUACAAAGUAAUUUCUUUGAUCUGGAUAGUAUUCUGAAGUCAAUUUCAUGAAAUGACUGGAAUAUUAUAAAAUUACUGUUUAGAUACAUUGAAGGAAUUUAUUAACUAUUGGUCCAUGUUAGUAAUUUUGCAGAAUGAAUUAUCAUAAAUUAAUGAAAAGUACAAGAAUUUACAACUUGAUUUUUUGCUGAAUGAGAUUACUUAUUUUUAUAUUUUUAAAAUCUUUAAAUGAAAUCAUUUAAUUUUUAAAGCAUUUUCCCAAAGACAUCAGUAUUUCUCAAUCAUUAUUAUUCUUACAGCAUUACAGCAUUUUUUCCCAUGAAAAUGUUAAAUUCUUCCUUUGUGUGUUUGCACAGACUUAUUUUUCACAUAUGAGAUUGUAAGCAAAUUCCCUGAUUUAUUUUCAUUUUCAUUAUGGAUGGCAAUCAGUUUAUUCUAAUUAUUUAAAUAAAAUCACCAUAAAACAUAAACAUUUUACUGUACUCCUGAUUAAGUAGUUAAUUAUAAUUGGUGGUGGUGAUAGAGUUGAACCAAAGGGAUUUGCCACCCUUAUUUGCCAACCUUAUUGUAAUUUUUUUUAAGUUUGAAUCUAUAACUCUGACUUCUAAAGUAAAAUUUUAUAUUAUUCUAAUUAAGUAUUGUCCUUGCAGCAAAUGCAUUGUUACUACACAUAACAUAACUUGCCUAAUGCAAUAAUUUUGGAUUGUUUGGGGCUUUGGAUUCUCUAGUUUAUGCAUUAACUAGUCCCUUUGUCUAUUUUUGUCUUUCAUUUCUCUUCAACACCCCAGAUUUUGGUUUUAGUAGAAAAUCAGAAUUAAAAAGAAUUGAAACUCA